AUGUGGCAAGCUCUCCGGCGUGUUGCGUCCACACCAGCACUACAAAAAUCUCUAUGUACCAACUCGAGAAGUUUAACAACCGAAGCAAGUGGCUCAAGCUACUUUGGAGUCAACUACAGAAAACAGCUUGCAACUCUCGACAUCCUUAAACGACGUUCGCGACGCCCCUUGACCUUGACCGAGAAGCUGCUGUAUAGCCAUUUGAUCAUUGAUAGCGAUCGGCAAUGGGAUCUCGAACAGAUUGAAAGAGGAAAUACCAUUCUAGAGCUGAGACCCGAUCGAAUUGCUUGUCAUGAUGCUACUGCGACUAUGGCCCUGCUCCAGUUCAUCAGCGCUGGCCUGCCGCGUGUCAUAGCACCAACAACGGUGCAUAGUGACCACUUGAUUAUUUCGGAGAAAGGUGCGGUGGAGGAUCUCACGCGAGCUGCUUCGGAGCAUGCUGAAGUCUAUGACUUUCUCAGCAGUGCGUCCAGGAAAUAUGGUAUUGGCUUCUGGACGCCAGGUUCCGGCAUUAUUCACACUGUGAUUUUUGAGAACUACGCCGUACCGGGUGGACUAAUCAUCGGAACCGACUCUCAUACACCGAACGCCGGGGGCCUUGGGAUGCUUGGGAUCGGAGUUGGAGGUUCAGAUGCUGUCGAUGCCAUGUCGGGCAUGCCUUGGGAACUCGUCGCUCCUAAAGUUAUUGGUGUUCGAUUGACAGGCCAUCUCCAGGGCUGGGCAUCAACCAAGGAUAUCAUUUGCAAGCUGGCUGGCAUUCUCUCCGUUUCUGGUGGAAAGGGAUCAGUCAUUGAGUUCUUUGGCCCGGGCACACAGACGUUGGGAGCAACGGCUAUGGCGACUAUUUGCAACAUGUCGGCAGAAAUUGGCUCAACAUCGUGCAUCUUUCCAUACACUGAGGCCAUGGGCCGAUAUCUGACCGCCACAAAGCGCGAUUAUGUGGCCCAAGCAGCUAGUCGAGUUCAAGACGUCCUGUUAUCCGCAGACGAGGGGUCACAUCAGUACUAUGAUCGAAUCAUCGAGAUCAGCCUCGAUACACUUGAACCACACGUCAAUGGUCCGUUCACUCCCGAUUUGGCACACCCCAUAACUGAGCUCAAAGAUGCCGUUGGAGCGAAGGAUUGGCCCGUUGAACUGAGCCAUGCCAUGGUUGGCAGUUGCACGAAUAGCUCGUAUGAAGACCUCGACAAGUGCCGACAACUAGUGGCUCAGGCCAAAGCUGCAGGUAUUCCAAAGUUCAAGGUUCCCUUUGUCUUGACGCCAGGUAGCGAACAGAUCCGUGCCACUGCCGAGGCCGACGGUAUCCUUGACGAGAUCAGAGAAGCUGGCGCUGUUGUAUUUAGCAGCUCCUGUGGUCCUUGUGUCGGCUCUUGGGAUCGCAAAGAUAUCGACGUGAAGGGAAAAGAGAAGAACUCGGUCAUUUCAAGCUUCAAUCGCAAUUUUGUGGGCCGACAUGAUAGCAACCCCGCUACUCAUUCCUUUGUGACUUCUCCUGAAAUUGUCACGGCUUUUGCUUACUCUGGACGCCUUGACUUCAAUCCCUUGACGGAUACUGUUUCUUUCGAAGGAUCGUCCCUCAAGUUCGAACCACCAAUUGAUCAUGAGCUUCCAUUGAGAUAUCUUUCCGGGGUGGACACAUUCCAAGAGCCACCACCGGAUGGAUCGUCUCUUCCUAUCGCUGUUCAUCCACAGUCCGACCGGCUCCAGCUUCUUACCCCAUUCCCCUCAUGGCAGCCAGGGUGUGCCACUGAUAUGGAACUUCUGAUCAAGGUGACUGGAAAAUGCACAACUGACCAUAUCUCACCUGCCGGCCCCUGGUACAAAUAUCGCGGCCAUCUCGAAAACAUCAGCAAUAACAUGCUCACCACAGCCACCAACGCUUUCCUUCCCAACACACCCCAGAUGCUCGGCCACACAAAGCACCCAUUGACUGGACAGACCCAAGUCGUUCCCGAGGUAGCGCGAGACCUUCAACAAAAAGGUAUCCGCUGGUGCAUUAUCGGCGACCAUAACUAUGGAGAGGGGAGCUCGCGCGAACAUGCAGCUCUCGAGCCACGCUAUCUUGGUGGAACUGCAGUGAUUGCCCGCUCCUUUGCACGCAUUCAUGAGACAAACCUCAAGAAACAGGGCAUGUUGCCGCUUACUUUCAAUGAUUCGGUCGAUUAUGAUCGGAUUGCUGAGGGUGAUCGCAUCUCUCUAUUUGGUGUGGAAGAUGGUGAGCUCCAGCCUGGAAAGCCAGUCAGGAUGAGAGUGACUAGUAACGAUGGUACCCGCUGGGAAGCUCAACUGAAUCAUAGUUAUCACAGUGGGCAGCUCACUUGGCUACGGGCUGGUAGUGCGCUGAAUCACAUUAAAGCCACGUUGCUCCAGAAAUAG